AUGACCGACUCAGCGCCAACUUCACCAUCAAAGCAAAUUCCAAACCCAAUGGACUCUGUACAGACUCACCUCGAUAAAGAGGAAGUACACUCCGUUAUUGGUACACCAGCUCAACCAAAUGACAACAAAGUCCUCAUCGGUUGGAAAAACUCCCCAGACGGUAACAAGGCUUUAGAACACUACCUUAACAAGCUCGCUAAGCCACAAGACCACGUCAUUCUUUUGGUCGUUCUCCCUACAACUCUCUUCAAAUCUUCCGGAUUUGGUACCGAUGACAAAAAAAUGGAGAGAAAAGCUCUCAGAGACUUAAGAGAACAUGCUCAACAGUUAGCAUCCGAAAAGAUCAAGCUUAUUGAAGCAAAAGGUGCUACUGCUUCCUUGGAGAUCGUUCACGGUGAACGUAGAUACGUCAUCGAGUGGCUCGCGCUCAGACGUAAAGUUGACCUCAUCAUUCUCGGACGUAAAAAGGCACAUGCUCCAGCUAAGGGUCUCUCAAAGGUCUUCCUUGGUCACCCAAUUGGUUCAACUGUCCAACACGUCCUUCACAAGGUUAGCGUUCCUGUUUUAGUCGUCAACUAA